AUGAAGUUCUCUCAUUCUCUUAAAUUUAAUGCUGUUCCUGAAUGGGCGGAUAGUUACAUAAACUACACUGGGCUCAAAAAAGCAAUUUACAAACUUCAACAAGACCAGUUGAAUAACCAACCACAAGAUGGGUCAAUAGAGAUUAAUAGCGUUAAUCCCGCCACUGUCACGGACUUGGUAAAUGAAUCUAAGGUCCAGGCACCAAAAAAUAAGGCUGAAAAUGGAUCAAGCGAUAAAAAAUUUUCAUCCAGGUUGAUCAGCAGGUUUAGAAAACAUGGGCCUGAUGUUGACGACGAUGAGAAGGCUGUUGGAAGUUCGACCGUUGAUGCACGUUUGGGAAAUUAUAAUGGUUCGAAAGAUGAAAAAAGUCAAUCUAUCGAGUCUUUCACGGUUGAUUUGGAUAAUUCCACAAUCGUUACCUUUGACGAAGAGAAAACCAAAUAUAACGACCAGAAGUCGUCGAAUUUUGAUCCGUUGAAGGUUUUUACCAAGCAAUUAUUGAUCGAAUUAAGUAAAAUCAAUGAAUUUUACCUCUCAAAGGAACUGGUUGUAUUUCAAGACUACGACAAUUUGGUUCGCGAUUUGGAAAGUAAUCACAUCAACAUUGAUGAGUUAUUUAAGACGACACAAGCUUACCAACACGAAUUUGGUCCUAUAGAACAUUCUUCUAAAGAACCUGUUUCAAGAGUUGCAUCCUUAAAUUACGCUGACUAUGAAAACCAUGGUUUUGAAAAGCCUAAUGGCGGAGUUGUCGAAGUCGAGAGGUAUUCGGAUGACGAUGACGACGAUGACGAUGAUGACGAUGACGAUACCCAUAGCCAGAAUUCGGCUUUAUUAAAUCAUACUGAUUUCAAUGUUAAACAACAAAAGCGAAUUACCUUGAAAAAGAAGUCUAUUAGUUUAUUCAUCGCUUUGUCAGAGUUGAAAUCUUACAUUGAAUUAAAUAAGAUUGGUUUUACCAAGAUUACUAAAAAAUUCGACAAGACAUGCAAUUACGCAAUUAAAAUAGAUUUUAUUGAAAACUUUUUGCCUACUACUACAAAAACAUUCACACCAGAGACAUUAAAGAGUGUCGAUCAUAAAAUUAAUAAAAUCAUCAUAAUUUAUUCCCUUUUGUCUGGAAACUUGUCAACAAAAACUACGAAGCAAGAUUUAGAGAAUAUUAGGGUAGAGUUGAGAUCCCAUUUGCGUGAACAUAUUGUUUGGGAACGUAAUACCGUCUGGAAGGAUUUACUUUCGUUAGAAAAGAAAUCUUACAAUCUACACCUAGAUAAUGAAGCUACCAGGUCUAACAAAAUGGGAGAUGAAGGUUCUAUCAAUUUAAUGCACUUAAAUUGGACCAGAUUAAAUUUCCCUUUUGGUUGGUCUAUAUUUGGACAUACUAGUAUGAUUGUUCCUUCUUGUUUAUUAACUUGGCAAAUUGUUAAGCUUAUUGUUAUUAUUACCACUUUCGUGGUAUUAAUGUGCGUCAAGACUUUUAAUGACCUAGAACAACAACGUUGUCUUGCAGUUUUAGUUGCAUCGGCCAUGCUUUGGGCUUCAGAAGCGUUACCAUUGCAUAUCACUGCAAUGUUGGUUCCUUUAUUGGUUGUUACUUGCAAAGUCUUGAAAAAUGAAGACGAUGGCAAGCCUAUGUCUGGACCUGAUGCCUCGAAAUAUAUCUUGAGUACUAUGUGGUCUUCGGUGAUUAUGCUUUUAAUGGGUGGUUUUACAUUAGCUGCAGCAUUAUCUAAAUAUAAUAUUGCUAAAGUUAUUUCUUCCUAUAUUUUAGCAGUUGCUGGAACUAAACCCAGAAAUGUAUUAAUCUCCAUCAUGAGUGUUUCAUUAUUCUUGUCCAUGUGGAUUUCCAAUGUGGCUGCCCCAGUUUUAUGUUAUUCAUUGAUUCAGCCUGUUUUAAGAACUUUGCCAACUGAAUCCCCGUUUGCGCAGGCCUUGGUCUUGGGUAUUGCAUUAGCUUCAAAUGUUGCUGGUAUGGCUUCCCCAAUUGCAUCCCCACAAAAUAUGGUUGCCAUUGAAUCAAUGAAUCCAAAUCCUGGUUGGGGAAAGUGGUUUGCUGUUGCAUUACCUGUUUCAAUUAUUGCUAUGGUUGGAAUUUGGGUUGAAUUGAUAUUGACAUUCAAAAUUAACACAGUCAAAAUCAUGGCCUAUAAGCCAAUAAAAGAAAAAUUCACAACAAAACAGAUUUAUAUCAGUCUUGUCACCAUCGGGACCAUUAUAUUGUGGUGUGUUUUGUCUGAACUAGAAGGCGUUUUUGGUGAAUCUGGUAUUAUUUCAAUUAUUCCAAUUGUUUUAUUCUUUGGAACAGGGUUAUUACAGAAGGAAGAUUUAAAUAACUUUCCUUGGAGUAUUAUCUUGUUGGCUAUGGGUGGUCUCUCAUUAGGAAAAGCGGUUAGUUCAUCGGGAUUGUUAAAGACAAUUGCUACUGCAUUACAACAUCAGAUCAAGGAUUUCAAUGUAUUUGUUAUUCUCAUUAUUUUUGGUAUUUUGAUUUUGGUUGUGGCAACUUUUGUUUCCCAUACUGUUGCAGCAUUAAUUAUUGUUCCAUUGGUUAAAGAAGUUGGUGAAAAAUUGCCCGAGCCUCAUCCAUUAAUUUUGGUUAUGGGUACUGCGUUAAUCGCAUCUGCAGCUAUGGGUUUGCCAACUUCUGGAUUCCCGAAUGUUACCGCGAUAGGUAUGACUGACGAAGUAGGAAAACCUUACAUUACAGUAAAUACAUUCAUCACUAGAGGUGUACCUGCUUCGAUAAUUGCAUAUUUAUGUGUGGUGACUAUUGGUUAUGGUAUUAUGAAUGCAUUAAGUUUCUAA